GUUUGCAUGCGACAGUGGCCACUGCUUCGACAGGGGAUUAUAAGUAAAGGAUUUUCAAGUGGUAAACUCAAACCAAACUGCACGCCAAGUUUUGAUGGUCAUUCAAUAUAUUAGAACCUGAAUGUCAAUGAAUUUAAAAGGGCAAAAAAAAGGAUUUGCCUGUCUCAUGGAGAUUUCAAACUUGCCUGGCUGAACCAAGACAAGUAUAUAUCCAGAUAUUGCCUGACCUGUUUACAACAUUUCCAUCUACUCAGAUUAUGAUUGUACCAGAAGGCAAUAUUGUCCUUGCAUUAGCAGAUAUACACAAAUCGCUCGAUACGGCAAUCAUACAACUGCAGCACUGUAAUAAAUGGCAUCAAAAGCACAGACGACUAUCAAGAAAGGAAAAUUAAUAAAUACAUUUGAGAGGAGAUUGUGUAGUGUUCUUUGUUUGGUAGUAGGGGCCCGUUGUGGAUGGCGGUGACUAAUUUAGAUAGUACGGACGUUUGUGUGUAUGGUGGAUCUCUGAAUUCAGUAAUAUUCUGGGAGUUCGUAAGUCGGUUAUUAGGAACCUGGUACGGCCUGUAACUACACAACACUGGCUGCGAUUCCUUCAGUACUGUUCUAAAUCAUCCCAGCUGGCUGCGGUGAACAAUACAUUUUACGAAUUCGUUUUACAAUACUCAAUCCUCUGCGACGUUACAAAAUUGGAUGUUUUCCGCGAGGUUCAGACAGUGAGAUGGGGGGGUUCAGCUCCGCAACCACAAAUGCCAGCCCUUCGACCACGCAGCGGCUCCAGCCUUCAUCCAGCGCAGAUCCGACUCCAAUCGCUGGAGCGGCGGCUCCUGAGCAUGCGCAGACUGCCACGACGGGGCACGUAGCAGGAUGGACUGGGAAAGUCUCAAAGAUCGACCAGUCAAUCGCGAUCGACGGGUUGGCGACCCCUAAUUUAAGGUGAUUGAAGGAAAGUGGCAACACAGGUGCUUUGAAUAGAAGAUUUGCAGAUCGGAACAAUCAAACAAGACUUUAGAUCCCCAUGGUAAAGUCACAGAGACGUACACAUGCUGGGAGAGACACACAUACGCUGGGAGAAAGACUCAGUUCCCUCUGUGAAGACUGAUUUAACCAUUUAUACAGGAAAGGCCCUGCACUUGUUCUGCGUGUGGACUUGAUUGUCCAGCCUGGAGAGUCAGAAGGAAACUCAGAGCAUGGAGCACCCAUGUCAAUGUGAGGACUUUGGGAAAGGGUUCAGCUACCCACCCGAGCUGGAAACUAGUGAAUGUAGUCACAUUAAAGGAAGACCGUUUACCUGCAACGUGUGUGAGAAGGGAUUCACACGUUCGUCCCACCUGCUAGCACACCAGCGAAUUCACGCGGGGGAGAGGCCGUACACCUGCACAGUGUGUGGGAAGGGAUUCACCAAGUCAUCCAAGCUGAAGGCACAUCACCAGGUUCACACUGAUAAAAGAACAUUUAAUUGCUCCAACUAUGCCAAGAGGUUUAAAAGCUCCCAGUAUCUGCAGAGACAUCAGCAAAUUCACACAACCCAGAGGCCUUUCGCCUGCACUGUGUGCGGGAAAGGGUUCACUCAUUCAUCCAAGCUGCUGGUGCUCAAACGGGUUCACACUGGAGAAUGGCCGUUUACCUGUUCCGUGUGUGGGAAGGGAUUCAACCAGUCAUCUGACCUGCUGACACACCAGCGAGUUCACACCGGGGAGAGGCCUUUCACUUGCUCUGUGUGUGGGAAAGGAUUCACUUGCUCAUUCCACCUGCUGGUCCACGAGCGGGUUCACACUGGAAAAAGACCCUUCUCUUGUUCUGUUUGUGGGAAGGGAUUCACUCAGUCCUCACACAUGUUGAUACACCAACGAGUCCAUGCUGGGGAGCGGCCAUUUUCCUGCUCGGCGUGUGGGAGGGGAUUCACCCAGUCAUCCAGCUUGCUGACACACCAGCGGGUUCACACGGGGGAGAGGCUGUUCACCUGCCCUGCAUGUGGGAAGGGAUUCACUUCUUCAUCCAGUCUCUUGGUGCACCGCCGGGUUCACACUGGAGAGCGGCCUUUCUCGUGCUCCGUCUGUGGGAAGCAGUUCAUUUCUUCAUCCAUCCUACUAAGACAUAAGCGAGUACACACUGGAGAGGGGCUGUACUCCUGCACCAUGUGUGGCAAGGGGUUCACCUGCUCGUCCAGUCUGUUGGUGCAUCGACAGAUUCACACCGGGGAGAGGCCGUUCUCCUGCUCUGCCUGCGGGAAGGGAAUCGCUUGA